AUGCACAAAGAAAAUGAGUGCUCGAGAAAGGAUCGCUGUCCGAGGUCUGAUGAGCUGUAUCGCUUCGCCACCGACAUUGACCGCUGUGUGAAGGUCAUCUCUCAUCCCGACAGCAUUGCGGUAUCAGCACACAGCGUUCCACUGCUUCUGGAGGUGAACAAUGUGCCCGACCUCUCCGCUGGGAUCACCUGCUCGUUCGGUCAGCAGGCGCAGGUGGAAGGACACGUGAACGGGAACAGAGUGAUGUGUCUGUCUCCUGCGGGGAAGGAGGCUCCGCACAUACCAGAGGGACAAGACUGGGCCGGGAUAGAGCUCCGACUAAACUCAAAGGAGACAGGACAAAUGGUGGGCAGCACGGAGGUGAAGUUUUACAACUGCAGCACCCACAGAACCUGCCUGUCGUGUGUGAGCAGCACCUUCCGAUGUCACUGGUGUAAAUAUCGAAACCUGUGCACCCACGACCCCAGCAGCUGUUCUUUCCAGGAGGGAAGGGUCAACGCUUCAGAGGACUGUCCUCAGCUUCUAAACUCGGGACAGAUCUUGAUCCCAGCCGGAGUGGUGCGUCCCAUCACUCUGAGGGCGCGGAACCUGCCCCAGCCGCAGUCGGGCCAGCGAGGGUACGAGUGCGUGGUGCAUAUGCAGGGCUCCAGCCACAGAGUCACUGCCCUGCGCUUCAACAGCACCAGUGUCCAGUGCCAGAACAGCUCGUACAUGUACGAGGGUGUGAAGAUCAGUGACCUGGCAGUGGACCUCUCCAUCGUCUGGAACGGCAAUUUCAUCAUCGACAAUCCUGAGAAGAUUAAAGUGCACCUGUACAAAUGCAGCGCCCAGAGGGACAGCUGUGGGAUGUGUCUGCGAGCCGACAGGAAGUUUCAGUGCGGCUGGUGCAGUGGCGAGGGCAAGUGCACCCUCAAGCAGCACUGCACCCCCCUCCCCACCCCCUAUGCUGGCCGGUGGCUGGACCUGUCUGCCCGGAGUGUCAAGUGCACCAACCCACGCAUCACUGAGGUGACCCCCAUCGCUGGACCUUUGGAGGGGGGCACGUUGGUGACAAUCCAGGGUCUUAACCUGGGACUGUCCUUCUCUGAGCUGGAGGGAAACGUGGAGGUGGCAGGAGUCCCGUGCACGCCGCAAGAAGAAGGCUAUAUCACAGCAGAACAGAUUGUGUGCGAGAUGGCAGAAGCCCCCAGAGAAAGUGCGCCGGGACCAGUGAUGUUGUGUGUUGGCCAGUGCAGACCCGAGCUGCGAGCUCAGUCCUCCCAGAUGUACUCCUUUGUGACUCCUUCAAUGUUGGCGUUGACCCCAGGCAGAGGUCCUGAGUCUGGGGGCACUAAAGUCACUGUUGUUGGAGAGAACCUUGGAGCUGGAAGUACCGUGACUGUGCUCUUUGGCAACCAGACCUGCGACGUGUUCCGGAGGACCAUGUCGGAGAUUGUGUGCUUCUCUGCGCCAUCGCUGACGGGGGCGGGGCCAGUGCAGGUCUCUCUGACAGUGGACCGAGCCAAAGUACCGGGGAGUCUGGCGUUUGAGUACAUCGAGGAUCCAACAGUUCAGCGCAUUGAUCCUCUGUGGAGCAUCACCAGUGGACACACCACACUGACGGUCACCGGAACAAACCUCGAUGUUGUGCAAGAGCCACGCGUCCGAGUCAAAUACGGCGGCCAUGAAUCUGUAAAUGUUUGCAAGGUGCUGAAUCGGACGACCAUCAGCUGCUUCGCUCCCUCCCUGAAGGCGGAGUACACCACGGACCAGGAGACCAUCAAACACGUGGAAGAGUUUGGCUUUGUUUUCAACAACGUCCAGGCUCUGCUCACGUACAACAACACCAGCUUUGUGUACUACCCCAACCCGUAUCUGGAGCCCCUGAGCCUGACCGGGGUCCUGGAGCAAAAGCCUGGAGCUCCUAUCAUCCUCAAGGGCCGUAACCUCGUCCCAUCUGCAUCGGGAGGGGCCAGGCUCAACUACACUGUGCUGAUCGGAGAUGUACCGUGUUCUCUGACAGUCUCUGACACACAGCUGCUUUGUGAACCACCAAACCUCACCGGACAACAUAAAGUCCUGCACUCCGUUUGUGGGUCAAUGCCAGGCUUGGGUUAA